AUGACGCAAGCAGGGACUUUAACUCGAAACAAACCAAAGGUUCGACGUUGGCUACCUGUUACUGUUUGCCUCUUGCUUGUGCUGCUGCUGCUGCUGGGCGCAACACAACCAGCCGCCGCGGUGAACGCGUGCGACUACUGUGACGCGGUGGGUAAGGCGUGUAACGCCACGCUGGGCAAGUGCUACCGGUGUACGAGCUCCAAGGACUGUCCAUCACGCAAAAUAUGUAACGUCGAUAUCGGUCAGUGUAUAGUGGGAGGUGUUUUUUCAAACUUUGACUGGCAGGAGGGCGUUCUCAUCUUGCUGGUAUUUCUGGCGGCAGGGGUGUCGAACGCUGGGGGCGUAGGUGGCGGCCUCCUCUUCGUGCCGUUGCUGGUGCUGCUAGCCUCGUUUCCUAUACCGCAGGCGAGUGCGAACUCACAGUCUCUGAUCCUGGGUGCGUCUAUUGCGAACUCUGUGUACAACUUCCGGAAGCGGCACGUCAUCCGCGACGCACCGCGCAUCGACUGGAACUUGGUGAUCAGCACGAUGCCUUUCUUUCUCUGCGGCACAACGCCGGGAUAUUUUCUGAAUAUUUCGCUUCCCGGCUAUUUCACGGGUUUCGUUUUGGCUGCGAUGCUGGGAGCGCUCACCAUCCAGAGCUUUCUCUCGGGUACGCGCAUGACUCGCCGCCAAUGGAGAAUGCGACGCGAGUUUUUGCGCCAGGAGGCAGCAGGCAGCGCUCCGCUUGACGGCCCUGCAGCAUCCAAACCGACUGCACCGACUGCGAGCGACGGUACCUCCGUCGUGCAACCCGGCAUGCAACCAACGUCUACUGCGGUCGGCGAAGAGCGCCUGGAUAUCGACUCGAUCACUUCGCGUUUGCCGGGUCACCAGGAUGGGUCUGCCCGCGACGGGGCAUCGACAGCGUCGCUUGCUGGAGGAACACAACCGGGGAAUGUGGAAGCUGGCGCUGUGAACAUCCAGCACGACGUUGCUGGUUCUGGAAGCAGCAGCGGCCAGCAGCACGACCCGCAACUGGGCGAGCCUAGUCAUCGGGCAGCGUCGCAAACGACGUUGACCGAGUCGACGGGAGCGAACGUCGUUCUGGCUUCAUCUCAAGGCGAUGUGCAUCCGUCUGUCUUAGCAUCGAAUGCAACAGUAGCAGCAGCAGCAGAAGCACGUGGACCUGUGCAUGCGCCGGAAGAGUUGCUACCUGCAGCGGGCGCUCUUCCUGAACAGAGACGCGACUUGGAUCCAUUGCCGAGAUCUGUGCUUCAAGAGCGACUUGGACACGCGGCAGUGGACGGCCACCUGACGCACCGGAGUGACCGCAAUGAACGCACGGCCAUUUGGGUGGGCAUGAAACGCUCGGUCUCCUGCCAAGAGGAGGAGCUCGUCGGACGUCAGCACCGCAGCCGUGACGACUCCACGACAUCCUGUUUACCUAUGCGCGUGCGUGGUCGACACUCGUGUUCGGGCGUGCUGCGUACCGCCUCACUCUACGAAGACCUGGCAGGGCUGUAUACAGUCCAUGUUGAUGAGCCUUCGCCUCGCUCCAGAUCCAAACUCGCAAGCGCCGAGCGUUCCGGCAGUUUCGUGGACCAACAGGCCGGCUCUUUCGAGUCAACUUCCAAACUGUAUCGAGUUUGGCGUUUCGUGGACCCGGUUCUCGCGAGUCGAAACCUGGAAGAAAUGCUUGCGGCAGAGCGUCCAUGGUUUCCCUGGCGUCACAUUCUGUUCGUUGUCAUCCUCAUCGCCAUUCUCUUUGCAGGGCAGUUUCUCUCAGGGGCACCCUAUGCCCGGUCACCGGUCGGUGUCCCGCUGUGCGGUGCUGUGUACUGGGUCAUUUUCAUGCUCCAAGAGCUGUCUCUGUUUGUCAUUGGGCUGCUUACUGUAUUCCGCAACAUUCGGUUGCGACGGCUUCGCGCUGCCUACGGAUACCCCUGGUUCGAGCAUGACGGACUCACGGAUAUGCGCUGGGACGGUAUGAACCUCUACGUCUAUCCGGCAUUUGUGCUGGUGAUCGGCGCCAUUGACUCGUGGACGGGUCUGAGCAGCAGCGCCCUCAUCAUCCCUUACCUCUACUUGAUCGCGCGCACUGACCUCGUUACCGUCCAGUCGUCGAUGGCUAUUGUGAAUCUGGUCGCGAGUCUGGCUGCCGCCAUGGUCUUCCUUGUUGACGGCCGCUUGAACAUAAGCUACUCUUUGUUCUACGGGCUCUGGGCAAUGUUGGGCAGUUACAGCGGUGUGUUCUUCGUUUACUAUCUCGUGGAUCGCUUUCAGAUCCGAGCAUUCAUCAUUCUGGCUAUUUCCAUUGCUUUUUUUGCGGCAUUUGCGAUCGUACUAUACGAGGCGGUCCAUAAUGUGCUCGCAGCACGGGCAGCAAACGCCGGCUGGAAAAUGGUGAACAUCUGUGUGCCGACGUACCUGUAG